UUCAUCGCCAGUGUUGGCAGUUGCAGGUGGGGACAAGCUCUGAGUUUCCAUGUUCCUUCCAAAGUCAACAGAUCAAAGCAGCCUCUUUGACCAAAAGAAUCCAACUUUUUGUUCCCAUCUUCCUCAACUCUCAUGGCCGCCAAAAUCAAUCACUCACUUUCCACCACCAAAAACCUCAAAUUCUCCAAACCCAUAUCUCCGAUUUCACCAAAAUCCAACACAACCAUGCCGAAACCGAUUCUCUUUCUUCUUCUUUCACUCCUCUUCUCCUUGUAUCUCACAGCCUGCGUUGCUCAAUCACCAUCACCAACUUGUCCUUUAGAUUUCUCUCAUGUCCUAACAAUCCCAUGGAACACAACAGACUGUCGAAGCUACGACAAAUCAGCUGAUAGCAAGAACAGUUGUUGCCAAUCUGUCUUAACUCUAAUCGGAAUCCCUCUAGCUCAUCGUCUCAAACAAACUUCCAACUUCCGUCUCCCAAAUCUCGCUACUUCAAUCUCUUGUCUCAACAACCUCCAAACGAAGCUUAAUUCACUCUCUCUAUCUUCGAAUCUCACUUCCCUCUGUUUCGAUCCGAAUCAAUUCGUCAUCAAUAACGAAACCUGUGCUGGAAUCCAAACGACUCAAGAUUGGGUCUCUCGUCUUGGUCCCUCGACGGCGCUUGAUUCUGCUUGUAGCAGUGGUCUCACCGAUCUCACGCGAUGCGACGCUUGCGUGGCGGCUGGGUUUAGGGUUCAGAAACAGCUGAUCACUUUGGACGGUAAUAGCUCUCACGGUGUUUAUUGUUACCAUUUCGCUGUUCUUUACGCUGCUGGUAUUGUUAACAAGAAAGGACCUGAGAGUGAUGAUGCUUUGUCUUGUCUCUUUUCGUUGAGUUUGAGAUCUCCAUUGAGCUCAAAGAAGAAAAGACACACGGUGGCUCUGGUUUUAGGGAUAACCGGAGCUGUUUUCGGGGCUCUGGUUAUUGCUGGUUUGAUUUGUUUGUAUUUCCGGUUUGGUAAAGCUGUUAAAGGAGGAGAAGUUGGUUGGGAAGAUCAAGAGUCUAGACCGAAAUGGAGACCAAACACUGGCUCAAUCUGGUUCAAAAUUGAGGAACUAGAGAAGGCUACGAAUAAUUUCUCGCAGAAGAAUUUCAUCGGUCGAGGCGGGUUUGGUUUUGUUUACAAAGGGGUUUUACCAGAUGGAUCGGUUAUCGCGGUUAAGAAGGUGAUAGAGUCUGAGUUUCAAGGGGAUGCAGAGUUUCGUAAUGAGGUUGAGAUCAUUAGCAAUUUGAAACAUAGGAAUCUUGUUCCGCUUAGAGGUUGUAGUAUGGUGGAUGAUGAUAGUGAGAGUCAGAGAUAUCUUGUUUAUGAUUACAUGUCGAAUGGAAAUCUCGAUGAUCACCUGUUUCCUCGGGGUGAGACUUCGAAGAUGCCAUUGAGCUGGCCUCAGAGAAAGAGCAUCAUUUUGGAUGUGGCCAAAGGGUUGGCUUAUCUGCAUUACGGUGUGAAACCCGCGAUUUACCACCGGGAUAUCAAAGGUACGAACAUAUUGUUAGAUGUCGAUAUGAGAGCGAGGGUUGCGGAUUUUGGUUUAGCUAAACAGAGUAGAGAAGGAGAGUCUCAUCUCACUACCAGAGUUGCGGGUACACACGGUUAUUUGGCUCCAGAGUAUGCGCUCUAUGGUCAAUUAACCGAGAAAAGCGAUGUUUAUAGCUUCGGGGUUGUUAUAUUGGAGAUAAUGUGUGGAAGGAAAGCUCUUGAUCUGUCUACUUCCGGAUCACCAAACACUUUUCUGAUCACAGAUUGGGCUUGGUCGUUGGUAAAAGCAGGGAAAACAGAGGAAGCUCUUGACCAGUCUUUGUUGAGAGAGGAAGGCUCAGGGAUGUCGAAUCCGAAAGGGAUAAUGGAGAGAUUCUUGCAAGUUGGGAUUUUGUGCGCUCAUGUAUUGGUUGCUCUAAGGCCAACAAUAUCAGAUGCAUUGAAAAUGCUUGAAGGAGACAUUGAAGUCCCUCCUAUUCCGGAUCGACCAGUCCCGCUUGCGCAUCCUUCAUACCGCAUGGACGGAAACGGAUUCACAAUAUCGCCUACGCUUAGCGGACUACAAAUACAUUCCGGAGAUAUGCUCCGAUGAAAAACUAGGCUCAUGUUUGGAGUUUAGAUUUUAUUUUGUAAAUAUUUGAAAGCAACGUCUUUUGAUCACAUCAUGUAAACCUAUUUCAAAAUAUUGUAGUAUAUCUCAUAAGAAAACAUAUAGUUCCUUUUAGAA